UCGGCAGUACUGCAUAUUAACGAGGUCAGGUUUAUUGAAAAACACCCAAGGCGAAGGUACUCGACAGAUGCCACAGGCAACAUUUGUGUCGGCAUGAAUAAUGUGAAAGUAAUUUUAUUACUUGGUGGAAAGAGAGACAUACUGGCAAUUGUGUCGAUGUGAGUGGACUCACAUCAUUUUGAUAAGGCAGACAGAAUAUUGAUUCAAGUGCGAUCGCUCAAGAUACUAACCAUUUUGUAGCCAUAGCACCGAUAGCACCCUCAAGAUGUUACCGCGCCUAUAAAGAAAUAAUAAAAGUCUGCUGGCAUGGCCGUCCAGAGACUGCGGAGCGAACCCCGUGGGAGACGGCGGAUCAGGGUGGAUCACAUUAGUCCAGUUGUAAAAUAUGUAUUGUUCUGGUUCAAUUUUAUGUUUUGGGUUGGUGGCGCAUUGUUAGCGGGCCUUGGAGCAUGGGUUUUGAUAGAAAAAGAAAAGAAGUUGCGAGAUGUCCUGGAUUUUUUCUUUGAUCCCGCCAUAAUUAUGUGUGCAGCGGGUUGUAUCAUAUUCGUGUUAGCAUUUUUUGGCUGCAUUGGAGCACUGAGGGAAAAUCUUUGUCUACUGCAGACUUUUCACUACGUGUUGACGAUACUGCUGGUUAUACAACUGUUGCUUGGUGCAGCCGUGUUUAUUUUUUACUAUGUUCCUGGUUUACGUCAACAUAUGCAAGCUCUCCCCGAUGACGAUCUCAAGCACGCAAUUAUAAAGUACAGAGAUGAUUUAGACUUAAGGGACCUUAUUGAUAAUAUACAAAAACAGUUUGAAUGCUGUGGUGUAAGCAAUAGUGACGAAGGAUACAAGGAUUGGGUGGCAAACAUGUACUUUAACUGCUCAGACACUAACCCUAGUGUGGAGAGAUGUGGAGUGCCGGCCUCUUGCUGCAAAAUGAAACCGGGAGAGAUGAUAAACGUAAUGUGCGGAUUCGAUACAACUAAUAAACCUAAACGUGACGUUGAGCACCUUAUCUACACGAGGGGAUGUCUGAAGGGAUUUGGUUCUUGGCUGGAAACUCACUCCAUUAUCAUUGGUGCAGUGUCACUAGGAGUUAUCAUUCCACAAUUCCUGGGCAUAUGUCUGGCGCGGACGUUUGUGGAACAAGUCCGUCUACAAGUUGCCCAGUGGAAACAUUAAAGCACGUUCAAGUCAUCUAAUGGCAAGGAAGUCAAAAACACUGGACAUACUUUGUCAACGUUUAAAGGCGAUAACGGACGCUGGAAGCUGUUUUCAUUAAUUUAUUUAAACAGAUUUUCACAUUUACUUUAAUAUAUAGUAGUAUGCUGUAUUUUAUUUGCAUCAUACAUGUACACGUUUGUACUUUAAACGAAGAAGUUGAUGAAGCGUUUUUAUGCUUUGAAAGUUACUGUGACUCCUAAGAUUUUUAAAAGAAAAUGCAACUUUUUCAACGUUUAAAAGUCAUUAUGGAUGCAGACCGAUAACCGUUUUCAUUCAAUUUUUUAAAAAUACACUUGUUCACAUCUGCUUUAAUGUAGUAUAUUUCAUCUCAUUCGUACCUUAGUACUUUUAACAUAACGAUCGGUGAAGCGUUUAUACUUCCGCCAAGGAAAUCGUUUUCACCUUCGUUGGUCUGUUUGUUUGUCACCGACCCAGUCAAAAGUUAUGGAUGGAUUUUGACGAAGUUUUCAGGAAUAACUUAAAAGUGAGAUGAUUUUGGUGGUAAUUCGGUGUGACAGGAAUUGUAGACCACCAGCAGUCAUCCAGACUACCAUUCCUGCCACACCACAUCACCAUCAGGUUCCAGGAAAUUUUAAAGGAUUCUUAACCAUUGCAAGAUAGGGCCAUUGGUCAGUUUUGCUUAUAACUCCACAAAUCAUGCAUUUAAUUUUUAAUGAGAAUUAAACUGAUUAGUUGACUGGUGAAUGAUUGAUAAUAGAAUAACCGAGUUGCCUUGGCGGAGGUCUGCGCUCUUUGAGUGUUUCUAGUUAUGCUUCGGA